AAUUACUAAAUUUAAGAAAAAGUUUUUUAAUAUUGCUACAAAUCAAGUUAGCAGAAUUUUGCCCUUAACCUAUUUUUUAAACUUACAUUGUUUGGUAUUAAAUAUUAAUUAAAAUUAAUUUGGAACAAUGUUAAAAAAAAUAACGUUAAAUUUUAAAUCAAAUAUUGUAAAUAUACAAUCGCGUUUUCUUAGUAAUGCAUUAGCCAAAUAUAAAGAAAAUAUUGAAGACAAAAUGCAAGCUUGGCAAAUUCACUCAUAUGGUGGUUUGGAAGAAUUAAAACUUUCAAAUGUUAGAAUUCCAGUAAUUGCCAAACCAACGGAUGUUCUUGUCAAAGUUGAAGCAUCUAGCAUAAACCCCAUAGAUGUAGCCAUGAUAAGAGGAUAUGGUGCAGCAAUUUUAAAUUUAAUGAGAAAAGCAAAAAAUCUUACCAGUGGACAGUAUGGUGAAUUGGAAUUGCCAUUAACUUUAGGUAGAGAUUUUUCUGGCAUAGUAGUUUCAAAAGGACAUGGUGUUGGAACUAGAUUACAAUUAGGUGAUGAAGUAUGGGGUGUAGUUCCUGUAGAGCAACAAGGUUGUCAUGCUGGUUAUGUAGUUGUUGAUAAUACAUUGGUCAGUCUACAACCUAGAAAUUUAUCAUACAUUGAGGCAGCCAGUAUAUUGUAUGCUGGUCUUACAGCAUGGUCUGCAUUAUGGAUUACUGGUGCAUUGUGUUCUAAAAAUACAAUGACUUCAAGAACAAAUAAUAAAGUUUUAGUAUUAGGUGGUUCUGGAGGUGUAGGAACUAUUGCAAUCCAACUUUUAAAGGCUUGGAACAUGCAUGUCAUUACCACAUGCAAUAGUGAUGCUGUAAAUUUGGUACAAAAGCUUGGAGCUGAUGUUGUAAUUGAUUAUAAAUUAAAUGAUGCAGAUUCAAAAAUUAUUGCAGAGGGGCCGUAUAAUAUAAUUUUGGAUUGCGCUAAUCAAGGACCAGAUCAAAUACGAUUAAAGAAUUAUCCCCAUAAUACUUAUAUAACUUUAAAUUCUCCAUUACUAAAAAAUACUGAUCAACAUGGAUUGAUUGUGGGUACAGUAAAAAACAUAGGAGAGUUAUUAAAAUAUAACAUCCCAAUUAUUGAAAAUAAAAAUACAGUGAAAUGGGGAUUUUUUACACCGUCUGAAACAGGGAUUAAGACGCUUAAAGAAUUUGUUGAAAAUGGAAAGGUGGUUCCAGUAGUUAAAAAAGUAUAUCAAUUUCAAGAUUUACCAUUAGCUUAUGAUAGAGUGACUCAAGGCCAUCUACGAGGUAAAUUAGUAAUUGAUAUGAGAUAAUAUUAUUUAUAUACACAAAAUGAUUAAUAAUAGUAAUAAUUAAAUAAGUAUACAUUUUAUUUUUAAAUAAAUGUCCACUUUAUAUUAUAUU